AUGGAAGAACAGUCCGGCCGGAAAAGUGGGAUGUUCGUCUUCGACUCCAAAUUGGGGCCAAAUUCAACUUCGAACCGCAUUUCGAAGCGUGGUCAUCAUGAUGAGCUGCAGGAACUCCGGAGUCGACUACAUGUUCUAGAGAAUUCGCUCGGCAAGUCUCAUCUUCAGACGCCGGAGACCUCGGUUUGUGAUGUUUUUUCUGAAGUCGAUAUGAUUAAUAGUGAGAAUGUCGGGGUUGAUGACCGUGUACGAUUCUUGCCAGAUUGGAAUUUCCGUGGGAAGAAAGGUAAGACUCGUUACUUCGGUCGCAGUCAUUAUACCACGACUGUUUCUUUUUUCCAAGAUGUUGGUGCUUUUAUCCACCGUGGUCGUUGUCGCGGAGAAGGAAAGGAUAAAGAGUACACCGAUAUGAAAAAGUUCAAAACGGAGCUUUGGUCGCGCGAGACAGAGGAUCAUCAGCGAAAUUUUCGUGAGCAGGCUUUCAAGCUGAAUGAAAUGGUACCACAGAGACCUGUUGCAGACCAUCUGCUUCAGCUGUAUCUCGACACUUUCGAGACGACAUAUCGAAUUUUGCACACGCCAACCUUUUUGAAACAAUAUGCUGAUUAUUGGGCCAACGCUCAGCCAAUCGACAUGGCCUUUGUCGCUCAGUUACUCGCUGUGAUGGCUGCUGGCAGUUGUUUUUAUGUCCCACCUCCAGGCCAUGAUGACCGAGACACAUUCCAGAAACCGGCCAUGAAGUGGAUUAUGGCCGUCCAGUCAUACAUUUCGUGCACAUUUGUGAGCCCGGAUAUUGACUUCCGAAUGCUCCAGACCCAAUCUCUUCUUCUGGUAGCUCGCCUCGGAGUCGCCAGUGAUGGGGAUGUUGCUUGGGCCUCUGCCGGGUGGUUGAUUCGGUCUGCGAUGACAAUGGGCUUACAUCGCGAUCCGACUCGCUUUCGCAAGGCUCGACCAUUCUACUCCGAACUGCGCCGUCGCCUUUGGGCAACUAUCGUCGAGCUGGACCUCAAGAUCUCUCUCGACCGAGGAGUUCCGCCAUCAGUUGACCUAGACGAAUGCGAUUGCGACCCACCGUCUAACUGGGACGACGCAGACUUGACAGAGGAUAUGGAAAAUGAUCCUGAUCCACUCAGUACUGCCCUUUAUACCCAAAACUUCUACCAAAUUCUCCUCACCAAGACCCUCCCACUACGCUAUCGAAUCGCGAAGAAAAUAAACAGUCUUCGGUUUAAUAUCUCUUAUGACGACGCCCUGCGAAUGGGUGAUGAAAUCUCCCGUUCUAUGCAACAUGCAUCCUCCUUAUUCGACGACAACUCCCCGAGCAUCGCCCUGGGAGAAUCAGGGCGUCACCGAUUCGCCCAAUCGUUACAUCUCUUCAUAAUGCGCAAAUUCCUCCUCGCCCUCCACCGUCCCUUCUCACUUAGUGUCGCCCGCCUCCCCAAAUACUCCUACUCCCGCAAAAUCUGUCUCGAAGAAUCCCUCGGCAUUCUCUCCCAGAUGGAACUCCCCCUUUCGACUGAGGACAUCCUCUACCCGAACAUCACCCAGUUAGGCAGCGGUAUGUUCUGCGAUGAAACCUUCCACGCCGCAAUCACCGCCUGCGUGGAGCUAUCCCUCCAAGCGAAUGAAAUGAGUACCACCUCCGGGAUGGAUGGCGCCAACUCCAGCGUUCUCAUGAGCAUGAUCCAAUCUCAGCAAGGCGUGAUGAUACAGGCCGUCGAGCGCACCGCUGAUAAUUUUGGGAGACGAAUUGCGUCCAGUGGGAAGGGGUGCAAGCCUUUCUUCUUUUUGAGUGUUAUCCUCGCUUCAGUCAAAUCCCGCGUCAAGGGCGAGGAUCCUUUAUGUAAUGUUGAUGCGGUCUUGAAGUGGACCGUUCGCAUUUGCAGAGAGCUCUUAAAUGGUCUUACAUAUGAAGAGGCAAAGAUUCGUGUUGAUAAUCGCCCCGUGCAGACUUCCAUUCCUUCGGGGACAACCCCGGCCUCUACUACACCGAGUGAUAUUGAUCCUACGUCGCUUCUGUUGAAUGGCUUUGGUGAUUUUACGCCAAUUGAUUUAGGCUGGUUUGACGGCUUGGAUUACACUGGGCCAGAGUUGUGGGAUUGGGAUGCUGGAUUGUCUGGCAAUCUUCCGACAUUCUCAUGA